AUGGAUGUUCAGAAGUGGUAUUUGAGAACUUCAAAGCUGGCUCUGGCCUUGGCAAUUAUCCGUUCAAAACCAGCAGACAGAAGCGUCAGAGAAUACACAGAGCACCUUGCAAUGUUAGUUUCUGAGCAGGAGUCAAAGUGGAGAUCAAAAGUUGAAGCCUUAGAAGCUGAAGUUCUGCAAUUACGUCAAAAACUUCUUCUGAGCAGAAUUUGUUCAGGAUCAUGUAGGAGGGGAAACCUGUCUUCACAGUUGCUGGCUCAGGAACCUAGGAGUUCUGAAAAUACAUUAACUUCAGUGGAAGAUUCUGGGUGUGAUUUGUCACAUGAGCAGAGAACUGAAUCCUCAGAGCUGUCCCAGCCUUUCGUGGAGAGCUGUACCCCCACACCCUUCCCACCACUGCCUCUUGUGAAAAGACCCUGUGCUACCCCGGAAAAUCCUCUGUCUUCUCACAUGCAGUUUUUACAACAUCUGCUUGAGCUGAAGAACUUGACAGAAUCAGGCAGUCUGAGAACAGACUUCACCUGUUUUGAGAAAGACUCGUCCACGGUCUCUGAUUCUGUUUUCCAGUUGCUGAAUGGCCUGAUCCAUUUUUACCAUAAUCCCAAACCUCCUUUUUCAAGCUUUUGGACAGAAGCUGUUGAUAUUGUAGCUAGACUGAUCAGUGAUUAUAACUUAUCUAAUCAUAUUCUUAAAAAAUGUUCCAAGAAGUUGGAAGAAUUUGAGAAAAUUCUACUACAGGUUAUUUUAGGGAACAACAAUAUAAAUCGGUUUCAGGUGCAGCAUUACGUCUCUCAUAGUCUGGUAAUCCUGGGAAGCUGCAAGUCAUUGAGAAAAUCCAUUAUCUCUCUGCUUCUGUCAGAAGUAAACAGCUUUGCUGAUGGUCUGGGAGCUGUCACUCAGGAGCCAGCCAGCUAUGAUGUGACACGCUAUGAAAAUACUUUCUACCUGUUCUGGGUCCUGGAGCAGCUUCUUCAAAAGGAAACCACAGAAGGCGACAUUGUAAGUCUAAGAAAUGAUGACCAAGAAGUCAAGACGUUUCUUCAGAAGCACGAUGAAACUGUCUGCCAACUUUCAGAUGAGUUUCCUCUGUUUACUUUUUAUUUAUGGCGACUAGGCAUUCUCUUGAACUCGGAAGGGGUAGAAACACUUCAAAGCUAA